CCCCCACGGAAACACAGUUCAUACAUCUGCUUCCACUCCGGUCCACGGAGAGCAUCGCACUCGCUCUGCGUGUGGAACAGUCCACAGACAUGCGGGUUUCCUUGGUGCGUUGUGGGUAGAGUGGUGGUCGUUCGAUGAGCGUGUUCUGCGGGGUUUGACCGCAACUUUACUGAACGGUCCAGUACCGCGGGGCUCUGGAGGGCUGGCCGAGAUCCGCCGUGCGCCACCGUCGUCGCUUGUUGGGAGUUAAGUUGGGAUCGAAAACAAAGCAAGCUGAACGAAUGGAUUCACGCCGAACACCAGGGAGUAUCGCUGGAAGGCUGACGGGGUUCCCGCUCAUCCCACCCACGGCGUGAAGCCCUCCCCACCCGAGCAGUGAGCCUCAUCUCCACCCGCCCCAACUGUCACCACCACCGCCGCCCCCCCCCGUAGCAGGGAUGUACCAGGAGGUGGCCUUCCUGGCGGGCAGCACGGAGCACCAGUUCACCAGCUUCCACUUCAACCCCCCGGAGAACCCCCAGGAGGUGAGCUCCAAGAAGGGCCUGUACUACAAGCGGGCCCAGCUGCUGCUGCUGCAACCCCAGCAGCGCCACGCCCCCCCGCGCGACGACCACCCCGGAGACGACUCGGCCUCCCCCUCGGCCAUCAUCAACGUGGGCGGCAUCAAGUACCGCAUCCCCUGGUCCACGCUGGAUGAGUUCCCCCUGACGCGGCUGGGCCGCCUGCGCGGCUGCAGCAGCGAGGCGGAGAUCAUGGCGGUGUGCGACGACUACGACGGCCGGCGCAACGAGUACUUCUUCGACCGCAGCCCGUCGGCCUUCCGCACCAUCGUCACCUUCCUGGCGGCCGGCAAGCUGCGGCUGCUGCGGGAGAUGUGCGCCCUGUCCUUCCAGGAGGAGCUGCUCUACUGGGGCGUGGAGGAGCAGAGCCUGGACUGGUGCUGCCUGCGCAAGCUGCGCCUCCGGCAGGAGGAGUACAAGAUGCAGCGACGGCUGGAGGAGGAGGAGGAGGCCGCCGCCGCCGAGCUGACGGCCGCGUCCCCGUCCGGCGAGGAGGAGCCUGCCCCGCCGGGGGCCACGCCGGGGGCCGGGGCCGGGGCGGGGUCGGCGGUGGUGGUGGUAGUGGGGCCGGCCGGGGCCGGGGGCGUCCAGGACGAGGAGGGCCAGGGAGGGGACUGCAUGCGGCGGCUGCGGGACAUGGUGGAGAACCCGCACUCGGGCGUCCCGGGGAAGGUGUUCGCCUGCCUGUCGGUGGUGUUCGUGGCCAUCACCGCCAUCACGCUGUGCAUCAGCACCAUGCCCGACCUCCGGGAGGAAGAAGAGAGGGGCGAGUGCUCCCAGCGCUGCUACAACAUCUUCGUGCUGGAGACGGUGUGCGUGGCCUGGUUCUCCCUGGAGUUCCUGCUGCGCUUCAUCCAGACGCCCAGCAAGUGCGCCUUCCUGUGCACGCCGCUCAACAUCAUCGACGUGGUGGCCAUCCUGCCCUACUACAUCACGCUCAUCGUGGACUCGCUGUCGGUGGGGGGCCGGCCCGGCGGCUCGGGCAACAACUACCUGGAGAAGGUGGGGCUGGUGCUGCGCGUGCUGCGCGCCCUGCGCAUCUUCUACGUCAUGCGUCUGGCGCGCCACUCGCUGGGCCUGCAGACGCUGGGGCUCACGGUGCGGCGCUGCACGCGCGAGUUCGGCCUGCUGCUGCUCUUCCUCUGCGUGGCCAUGGCGCUCUUCUCGCCGCUGGUGUUCCUGGCCGAGAGCGAGCUGGGCGCCAAGCAAGAGUUCACCAGCAUCCCGGGCAGCUACUGGUGGGCGGUCAUCUCCAUGACGACGGUGGGCUACGGGGACAUGGUGCCGCGCUCCAUCCCGGGCCAGGUGGUGGCGCUCAGCAGCAUCCUGAGCGGCAUCCUGCUCAUGGCGUUCCCCGUCACCUCCAUCUUCCACACCUUCUCGCGCUCCUACCUGGAGCUGAAGGAGGAGCAGCAGCGGGCGCUGAGGCAGAAGCCCGACUCGCACCUGGACAGCACCAAGUCGCACAGCGAGGACUCCCAGGAGACCGACAGCUACCAGGGCGCCGCCGAGGCCGCCAUCGCCGCCGCCGCCGCCGCGCAGCGCCGCAAGUCCACCGCCGCCAUCAUCGCCUCGCAGCGGGCGGCCGAGAUCAGGAGGUCCGCGCAGACCUAGGGCCCGGGACCUCCGGGAGAGGGCCUUUGGUGGGGUCUUCCUUCGGGGUCCGGUCGCUGGGUCUCUGACUGGCGCAGUGCCCGGCGGGGUCAAAGCCAUA